UUGAAUAGAAAAAGAUGAAAGCCAAAUAUAAGGACAUGGAAGCAUAGGGCAUGGAAGUCCUGGGAGCAGAGAAAAGCUAGUAUGAGCAUGCGCAGAAGCCGUGCGAGCGCGGCCGAACACAUGACCGCGUUUCAGCCAAUGAGCGCCGCACCUCUGCAUGUUUUUUUUUCUCGGGCUUUUCUUAGACACGAACUGACGGCGAUGUUUUCAAAACCAGCACCGAGAGACGUCACACAGCCGUAGGGUUAAUGUUCAGUUUUUACCCCGCGACACACGCAUUUUAUUCCUAAAAAUCGACUGUAUCUAUUCUUCGACUCGCGAGUAAAUGACGCAGAGGAGGUCGGAGAGCUUCACGGCGUCCCAUGAUGAAAGCCGUGAGCCGUAGCUGCUACAGCUAGUCAGAAGAUGUACCAUGGCCAAACCGGGAUCAGACCGCGAUGGAGCCAUGGUGGAGAAGACUGCCGGGAAGAAGAGUAAAGAGAAAAUCUCCCCGUUCACCAAAACUCCGAAGUUGGAUCGGAGUGAAAUCCUAGGGAAAGAUGGGAAGUCAAAGUCUUCCAUGAAACGGAAGCUCUCCUUCACCGUCAGCCCGCAGAGGAACGAGGAGCGAGACUCUGACACCGAUGACUCUGACCCGGGGCAGUCGAGUGAUGCGUGGGGAGAAAGAUUACUUCCUCCCUGCAGGAUAUACGCAGACAAAGAUGGUCCAGAUAAGAAGAAAGUUAAGAAGGAGUCGUGCAGUAAGAAGUCCACACCUGUCAACAUUUUGUUCGGCUACCCUUUAUCUGAGCGCAAGCAGAUGGCUCUUCUCAUGCAGAUGACCGCGAGAGACAACAGUCCAGAUACCACACCGUGCCAUCCCUCUCAAUCUCCAGCGGUACAGAAAAAGAUCCCUAGCAGCUCAUCCACCCGACAGAAGGACAAAGUCAACAAACGCAAUGAGAGAGGCGAGACGGCCCUGCAUAUGGCCGCCAUCAGGGGCGACGUCAAACAGGUGAAGGAACUUAUCGGCCUCGGUGCGGAUGUAAAUGUCAAAGAUUUCGCAGGUUGGACACCUCUCCAUGAAGCUUGUAACCUUGGUUACUAUGAUGUAGCGAAGGUUCUGAUUGGUGCAGGAGCCGAAGUGAACACGCAGGGAUUGGACGAUGACACGCCACUUCAUGACGCCUCUAGCAGCGGACAUAAAGAUAUUGUGAAGCUGCUCUUGCGACAUGGAGGCAAUGCCUUCCAGCUCAACAAGAGAGGAGAGAGACCUGUUGAUGUGGCUGAUUCUCAGGAACUUGAGCAGUUACUAAAGGGAGAGAUCCCACUGUCAGACCCAGAGGAGAGCUCCUCAGAAUCCGAGGACCCACCUUCUGUUAAUCCAUCCAGUGUUGAUGAAAACAUGGAGUACUCUGACACUGAAAAGGACUCUGACAGUAAAUCCACCACGGUGAAAGCCUCGUCGUCCAUGUCGGGGCUGGACGAAUACGAAUUCAAGGACGAGGAAGAGGAGGAGGACCUCAGUAAGGCACUUAAUGACAGACACAUCUUAAGAAGAGAGAUACGACAAAAGGAGAAAGAAGAAAAGGAAAGGAAUCACUAUGCUUCCAAACAAGGCAGCAAAAGCGAGCAAUUGCCGUCCAAAUCCAAAAAGACGAAAGCAUCCCGUGUGUACUGCAGCUCAGACAGUUCCAGCGAUGAAGCCGAGGUGCCGCCAGAAAGACGGAGCUCCCCGACAAGGUCAGUCAGCGUGGACUGUCCUAAAUCGGACGGUAGAUCAAAGAAGGAAAGUCUGAAUCUCACACCAGUAGAGCAGAAAGAAAAAUGCAAGCAGAAGAAAAAGAACAAGAGCCAAAGCAAAAACAAAGAGAACCAGGAAGUGCGAGAGGAAGGGAAAGAGAACAGCAAGUCCCUCCUGUUUACCACAGCAACCGUGUCCGACAACUCCGACAAGGGCGUCAGGGAAGAGGACUCCUUUAAAAUGUCUUUCAGUGCAAAAGAUGACACUUCAGUCCACCUCUUUCAUCUAUCUGUAGUCAAGUCCCCAAAAAUGAACCACAGCCAAACUGACAAGCAGACAACCCCACUGAAACAGGAAAACACUAAGACCUGUGUUUCGAUCGGAGACGGACCGUGCCCGGCAGACAGCGUCAAAUACAAUCACUACACAGAGUCAGACUUCUGUACGGAAGGGUCUAGCAGUAAAAGCUGCAAACACAAGGAGAAAAGCAAGCAUCACCACAAAGAGCUCGGCUUGGAUGGAGAUGACGGCUGCUCAAGUCCAUUCAAAGACAGCAGUCUAAGCAACAGCAUGGACAGCUCUGAGGGUGCCUUCAGGAAGACUGACAAAGAUGGAAAAGUGGUAAAGAAGCACAAGCUAAAACACAAGGAGAAAGAAAAGUACAGAAAGGAAUAUGAGGCAGAGAGAAAUCGCCAUCGGCAGAAAGAGCCACGCAAAGAGGGACAAAGAAACAUGGAGUUCGAUCGAGAGUUUUGGAAGGAGAACUUCUUCAAGAGCGAUGAGAGCGAGGAGCUUGGCGUUAAAUGCGAGAUGCUUGGAGGCGAAUCCCCUCUGAAAUCCUUAGAAUCAUCCCCCGCUAAAGAGGAAAGAGUGGCAUCGAAAGAUAAACAUUCUAGCAGUAGCAGCAGCAAGGACAGGAGGACGAAAGAGGAGAGAGAGAAGGACAAAGGCAUUAAAAAAGAGAAAAAAGAUAUGCCCCUUAAAGAUGAAAGAGGAAGAGAGGGAAAAGGAGAUGAACUUGAUGACCGAACUGAAGGUCUUGGCUCUGGACGGAUGCAUGAGGAUUCACAGCACAUUUCAGGUGUGAAAGAAGAAACGGAUGAUAAACCGAUCACUGGGAAUUCAGCCGACCAAGAUCCUCUGGGGUCUGCAGAGAAGAACAUCCGAGAGAAAAAUGACAAGCGGCAGCCAACAAAAGAUCGUGAGGCUGAGAAGUCUGAUAAAAAGCUUUCAGAUAAAGAUAAGAAAAUCAAAUCUGAACAUUUGGGUGAGAAACCUGAGCUGCACAACUCCACAGAUCGAUGGAAAGAGAAGGAGAAAUUAACAAGCAGUUCACAUUCGCCCAAUGACAAGAGCCAUAAAGAGAGUGAAAAGCUUAAAGCCGUUUCUGCGAUGAAGAAGCAUGAAGAAAAUAAGAAGAACAAGGACAAACGAUCUGAGAAAGAGCAUUCUUCUAGUGACCACAGAGAUAAAGAUAAAACAAGUUCUGAAAAGAAAGUGAAAGCCCCAGAGAAAACCACUGAUCAUGGCAAAUCUGACCGCACUAAAGAUAAAGAAAGAGAAAAAGAUUCUGAUAAGAGGAAGAAAGAGAAAUUGAAGGAGACCAACCCCUCUUCCUCAUCCUACUCCAAUCUUAAAUUGUUACUCGAAGAGAAGAAAGGCUACAUUUGUGAAAACAAUAAAGUUGUCUCCUCUAAAUCAAAAGAAGAGGUAACAAAAUCUUUAGAGAAAGACAAGGAGAGAAGAGAGAGGGAUAGGGAGUCUGAAAGACACAGAGAACGCGAGCGAGAUCGACACAAGGAAAAGGACAAAGACCGGUCACAGCUGAACAAAGAUGGCAAACUUAGCAAGACCAAACCGAAUGAAGUGGAAUUCAAAUCUAAAGGUGCACCCACUCUGAAGGACACACACCGCAAAGAGAAGAGGUUGGUAAAUGAUGACCUCAUGAAGACCAGCUUUGAACGCAUGCUCAGUCUCAAAGAUCAAGAAAUUGAACAGUGGCACAAGAAGCACUUAGAGAAAAUCAAACAGAAGGAAAGAGAACGCCUGAAGCAGCGUCCAGGAGUCGACUUGGGAAAACAGAAAAGCAAGGAAAAAAUUAAUACGAAAACAUCCUCUUCAUCCAGCGAACCCUGUUUGAACAAGGAACUAGCACGCUCCAAAAGUUCAGAUGCCCCCGAUGGCCACCGCGAGAAGAUCUUAAAAGAUGCCACAGGCGGAAGAACGGUCUCGCUGGAUGCAAAAAAUCUCUCGACACUUGGCAAGAAUGGUCCAGUGAUCGAAAACAGUCGAUCUCCAAGACCAGAGACUGAAAGGUCUGGUCUCAUGUCAAGAUCCGUAUCCAUGAUCUCUGUAGCAAGUUCAGAAGAUUCUUGUCAAACCACAAUGCUAACACCAAGACUGACUGAAGAAGAGUCGGAUCUUAACAUGGAAGCUUCAGACUCCCAGCCACCUUGCCUCCAGGCUUCCCUCAUCUUGCAGUCCUCCAGGUCACCUACAGGUCACGAUAAGGAUACAAGCGGUCUUCCCGAUACGGCUUCUUGCAAUCGUACGCAGUUAUUGACCAGGCAUGCGUCGCCGUGCUUAAGGGCGAUUCUAGAUGAAGAAGCCAAGGCUCCACAAGCUGAAACGAGACUGAAUGAAGAGUCCCAAAUAAUUGGUGUUGUGUCACAACCAAGCUAUGAGCAAACUGCCAUUCAUUCGGCAGAGAUUAGCGUAGCCCCUGUCCAAGAGACUUACAGUACUCUUCCUAAUGGCAAAAGCAAUGAGGGCGAAGAUGGUGCAUCUGCUUGUCAAGGUCAACCUUUGUCCUGCUUGCAUGAGUCUAGUACUAAAGACCUUGGUAGUCAACCAGCUAACAUAACGCAGGCUAACAAUUUGGUUCAGACCCAUACGGAGCAGAUCAGGUCUGGUACUCACGUAGAUCAACUUGAUGUCCCCGGUAUAACUAUACCAGAGGGCUCCAACAAGGAUACUCUGUUAGAUGUUGUUUCAACACCUGUAUUAUUUCAACCUUCUCAGACACAAAUUUCAUCCGACAACAGUGCACCUGUGCAUUCAGGAAGCCAGCAGAUAGAAACCAUCCUCAAUUCAAGAAGUAAACCGAGUUUGAGGGAAGACUUUUCUUUGAAGCAAGAACAAAAUGUUGUUGGUGAAAACCAAACGGACAAAAGUGGGGAAAGCGUCACCCAAGCAGAUUGUACAAGCACUCCAAGUCCAUCUGUUGGUUCAUGUAGAUCUGAGGAAACUGCUAAAGCACUUCUCCAAGAAGAUCUGAAGAAGGACACGAGUGAGCAAGAAGAAGCUACAUCCAGGUUGUCCACCGAGGCAUUGAGUACGGUUAAUGCUCUACAAGAGAAACACGAACAAGAUGCAGCGUCAGUGACAAACAACACUAGUCAAGAGAGCCUUCCUGUGGAGCCCACGGAGUCGUCUGAAGAGGCUUCAGACAAGAAACGAAUCCCAGAGACAAAUGGUGCCAUGGGGUCGUCCUCAGAAGGUGAAACAACCCAAGCUCUUACUGAAAGAUUGGACCAGCUUGCUGUUGAAGAGAAGCCUGCCCAAUCUGACAUCCCAUCUAGCGGAGAACAGAGCGAUAACAGUACCGACGUCCAGCAUGAUGCUCAGACAGAACCGUCCAGCGAAGGAUCCUCAGGAAGCUCCUCUCCGUUGUCUGUCACAGAGAGAGAUUCUGACACUGGUGCCAGGGCCAAAGUCCAUGGCCUGGAUGAAGAAGCCGAUAUGCAGCUGACCCAUCCGAGGAAGCGAAAGAUGUCAAGGGUUCCUGCUACAGCACAAUCGGACAUCACCACUCAGCAGGUCAGGGAGAAGACUCAACAGUCCUUGGCCGCAAUUGUAGACUCACUGAAACUCGAGGAGAUCCAGCCUUACCAGACGGAGCGAGCAAACCCGUAUUACGAGUACUUGCAUAUUCGUAAGAAGAUCGAGGAGAAGAGGAAAGUACUUUGUAGUGUCAUCCCACAAGCUCCACAAUACUAUGACGAGUAUGUGACGUUCAACGGGUCUUACCUCUUGGAUGGAAACCCACUCAGCAAGCUCUGCAUCCCAACGAUAACGCCACCCCCUUCACUCCCAGAACCACUGAAGGAGAUGUUCAAACAACAAGAGGUGAUGCGGAUGAAGCUGAGACUACAGCACAGCAUCGAGAGGGAAAAGCUGAUUGUAUCCAAUGAGCAGGAGGUUCUGAGAGUUCAUUACCGUGCUGCAAGAACACUAGCCAAUCAGACUCUUCCAUUCAGUGCCUGCACAGUCCUAUUGGAUGCUGAAGUGUACAACAUGCCCCAAGACGUCCAGGGUGAUGAUGGGAAGACCUCUGUUAGAGAUCGGUUCAAUGCAAGACAGUUCAUGUCUUGGCUUCAGGAUGUAGAUGACAAGUUUGACAAGUUAAAGACGUGCCUCUUAAUGCGUCAGCAGCACGAAGCAGCAGCGUUAAACGCCGUUCAGCGUCUGGAGUGGCAGCUGAAGCUACAGGAGCUGGAUCCUGCCACUUAUAAGUCCACCAGCAUUUUUGAGAUUCCCGAAUUCUACAUCCCACUCGUGGAAGUUAACGACGACUUCGACCUGACACCGAUAUGACGGAGCAAUUCAUAGUUGUCGGACCACGUCCCUCAUGAUGUCAAAACACGAGCGGGGCAAAUAACACAAAGCACUUGAUCUCGGGGGAGUUGGUGUGUGUCUAUGUAUGUUGUGCGUGUUGUGUGCGACGGUGCGCACUGUACAGCGUUUCCAAUGCUAAAAUAACAAAUAACAAACGUUGCUUAUAGUCUACCACAGCGCUGCACUUCAGUCCGUGUUCUCUGCUCUUAUUCUGGUUUGAAACCAUGCGGUCCAAAUGCACUUCACCAGAUGGGCGCCAGGUCGGCACUUAUAAACUGCAAGCGUCAUAAGAAACGCACUUAACCCUGCGGUCCACUAUAUAGAGAUGGUAAACCAAGGGUCGAUACAGAGGAGUAGCGAAAAAACAGCCUUCAGAAGGUUAAGACCAUAGGAAAGCGAUCGUUGAAAGAUUUCCUUCUCCCUUAAAGGUGGAGAUCUCAACCUGAAAUGUUUCUACAGUGAGUGUUUAUAGAUAAUGUAUAGAUUGUGCUCCUCAUUUUUUAACUUAUUUUAUACAUACUGAUUGUGCAUUUGUAAAAAGCCAUGUAAUUAUUGUUUUUAACUUGACUGAGAGGGAAGAAAAAGUUAAAGUAAUAAAUAUUUUGAUUGUAAACUUUGUUUCGUCUAACGUUUAAUGGACCAAAGUUGUUUCUACAUCAAGGUUCUUUGUUGUUGUGUUUGUUGAUGUUUGCUUAACUCUUAAGCAUGUGUUUUUAAAUGACAUUUUCGUUCAGGUUUAUUUUAUUAUUUUCUUCUUCCUCUUUUUGCCCUUUGACAUUCAUCAGAGCAGGUGUUUGACUCGUGUUUCUAUAACGUGCAUGCUUUCACAUGUUCGUCUCUGAACAGUUGUACCGUGGUGAGGUUUACUGAAGUGGUCCUGGUUUUUUUCUGCCAUUGUUGUGUCUGUUAGUAACAUCCAUCUCUUGUGUGUUGUCUCUUGUGUCUUGCGCACACUUAAAAGAAAAAAGAGGAAAACUUUGUUGUGGUUUCUUGAUAGAAAAAAAAUACCCUUACUUUUACAGUUUUAAUGUGAGAUCACAGCAAAACCUAUUUUUUACAACGUAAUGCCUUUUGAACGAUGGUUCUUAAAAUAUGUCUAUUUUAAUAUUUACUUGUUACAUGAAGAUGUACAUAUUUGUAAUAUAUAAUUGAAUAAAUUUUAUUGGUUGUGAAAUCAA